GGUUAGAUUGAAAUGUCCGAACUUGUUGAAUGUUUUGUUUGCAAAAGCAAGUUUGUCGACCAAACGGAAUAUUGGAAGCAUGUCUACGAGGUUGAUUGUACCUCUUCACAUAACGGAAUAAGUCUUCCUACUACUGAUUACAACACAAGUAUUCAGAAAUCAAAUUACAAUGGUUCCAGAGUAGACGACAACUUCCAGGUUCCCAAUGGACACUCUAGUGAAAUCAGUUUUCACACUAGGUCAGCAACAUGUAACGGUAGUGAAAAGUCAGUUAAUAAAGGUAAAAAUAAUCGUGUUUAUUGUGCUGUAUGCCAAAGAUAUAUCGCUCUACGUGAUGUAGUUAAGCACGAAGCUGGGAAGAAGCAUCGAAAGAGGGCAGAGGGUUUGAGUUUAAGUGUAUCUAAGCCUGAUGUGUUUCAGUAUAUUACAGAAAGCUGUUGGAAUACUAAUUACCCAACAAGUAAUCAUGUACAAUGCCCUAGUGAAUCCGGAAAAAGUAGUGUUCCCAAGUCUCAGAAUCUUUCAAGAAAUGUAGUUGAGAAGCAGAAAUGCGACGUCGAUUCCGUAAAUAUUGAAGGUGAACCUAUGCACGAGUUGGUCAAUAAACGAUGCAAAGAUGUCUCAAAUGAAAUAACUAUCAAGUCGGUGUUACGUAGACUGUGCAUGAUUGAAAUUUCGUCUCAGCUAACUGAGAUUAUUGGAGAUGCGGACCAAAACAAUGACUUUCUUUCGCAAUUAAGAAUAAAAUGUCGAAAUGACUUAAAUGCUCUUUUACGUCAUGAAAUACCUAUUCCUUGGACCUGCCCAACGUCAACUUCACGGGUCAACGGCACCUCAAAGCAUAAAACUGAUCAUAGUCAUAAUAUGUCGUUUGAUCAUCUCUUAUUAUGGAUUAAACAACUUCAUAUAUUGGAGAACAGUUAGAUUAACUCAGUGGUGCAUUUGUAUAGAUUAUAUAUGUGAGUUUUCAGGUGUAAUGAGUUAUAAAAAUGCAAGUGUUUAUUUAUUAAAAUGUAUAUUCUCUUCGAUAGUCCGUGUUUAAAACUGAAUGUGAUUACUGUCUAGAAUGUUUAUAACAUUCGUUUACUCGUCAGAUUUUAACAACCAAAGAAGGUCUUUUGGAGAAUGUGUCACUGGAUCUACGCUUUGUAACUUAAGGUGAUGGACAUGUCAGUGUGAUACUUCAGUGUUGCAUACUUUUCAAGUUAUAUCUUACCAAAUAUAUUUAAGAGCCCACUUGUUUUAUACUGUCAUUUGUUUUUGGGAAUUGUGUCGGUAGGUCCUCGUAAAUCGCAACCAGUUACUAAAAAAUAAUUCUAAGAUGAAGCAGUCACAAGAAGACCAGUUAGGGAUCUUUAAAUAGUUAUCUACUACUAUGGUUAAGAUAAGGAGCCAAUACUUCUUCCUUUGUAUUGACACGUUUUGGUUUGCAUUUCAUUUUCAGAAGUCAAAUAUGCGAAAGACUUGUAGUUACCCUUCCCGGCGUGUUAUAGCGUAAGAUGAUUAGGUUUAGUAAUACUUUGCCCUCUGCGC